UUUUGUUUUAAUUUCAGAAGAAACAGGAAUCGGUUCUGGGGCAUGCCACGGCUCUUCACUGCUGCUUACAAAAUUCAGAAAAAUCAUUGUCCCUCUUUUCCUCACUCUCAGGGUUGUCUUAAGAGUAGGGUCCCCUGCGAGCCAGUGAUAGGGAGGUGGGCGGUUAACGGUGCUGCCCAGAGACACAGCGACGUUACUCCAGUGGGCUCAGCCCUGCACAUGAGCGUUCAGACAGUUACAGAGGAAAUUUCACAACACACUUCCUUUCCACCUAAGCCUGAGUCGCAACCGUGGUUGUGCGCUGGGAGGUGGAGUUUGCAGAAUUUGCAUUCGGAGACAGUCGUGCCAGCCGGUGGGCCACCCAGCGAAGCGGCCGCCUUUGCAAGGUUGCUGGACAGAUGGAACUGGAAGGGCAGCCGUCUGCCGCCCACGAACACUUUCUCAAGCACUUUGAGUGGCCACGGCUUGCAAGCUGGUGGCUGGCCCCCUGAGUCCCGGGCUCUGAGGCACGGCCGUCGACUUGAGCGUUGCAUCCUGUUACCUGGAGACCCUCUGAGCUCUCACCUGCUACUUCUGCCGCUGCUUCUGCACAGAGCCCGGGCGAGGACCCCUCCAGGAUGCAGGUCCCGAACAGCACCGGCCCGGACAACGCGACGCUGCAGAUGCUGCGGAACCCGGCGAUCGCGGUGGCCCUGCCCGUGGUGUACUCGCUGGUGGCGGCGGUCAGCAUCCCGGGCAACCUCUUCUCUCUGUGGGUCCUGUGCCGGCGCAUCGGGCCCAGAUCCCCGUCGGUCAUCUUCAUGAUCAACCUGAGCGUCACGGACCUGAUGCUGGCCAGCGUGUUGCCUUUCCAAAUCUACUACCAUUGCAACCGCCACCACUGGGUAUUCGGGGUGCUGCUUUGCAACGUGGUGACCGUGGCCUUUUACGCAAAUAUGUAUUCCAGCAUCCUCACCAUGACCUGUAUCAGCGUGGAGCGCUUCCUGGGGGUCCUGUACCCGCUCAGCUCCAAGCGCUGGCGCCGCCGUCGUUACGCGGUGGCCGCGUGUGCAGGGACCUGGCUGCUGCUCCUGACCGCCCUGUCCCCGCUGGCGCGCACCGAUCUCACCUACCCGGUGCACGCCCUGGGUAUCAUCACCUGCUUCGACGUCCUCAAGUGGACGAUGCUCCCCAGCGUGGCCAUGUGGGCCGUGUUCCUCUUCACCAUCUUCAUCCUGCUGUUCCUCAUCCCGUUCGUGAUCACCGUGGCCUGUUACACGGCCACCAUCCUCAAGCUGUUGCGCACGGAGGAGGCGCACGGCCGGGAGCAGCGGAGGCGCGCGGUGGGCCUGGCCGCGGUGGUCUUGCUGGCCUUUGUCACCUGCUUCGCCCCCAACAACUUCGUGCUCCUGGCGCACAUCGUGAGCCGGCUGUUCUACGGCAAGAGCUACUACCACGUGUACAAGCUCACGCUGUGUCUCAGCUGCCUCAACAACUGUCUGGACCCGUUUGUUUAUUACUUUGCGUCCCGGGAAUUCCAGCUGCGCCUGCGGGAAUAUUUGGGCUGCCGCCGGGUGCCCAGAGACCCCCUGGACACGCGCCGCGAGAGCCUCUUCUCCGCCAGGACCACGUCCGUGCGCUCCGAGGCCGCUGCGCACCCUGAAGGGAUGGAGGGAGCCCCCAGGCCCGGCCUCCAGAGGCAGGAGAGUGUGUUCUGAGUCCCGGGGGCGCAGCUUGGAGAGCCGGGGGCGCAGCUUGGAGAGCCGGGAGCGCAGCUUGGAGAUCCAGGGGCGCAUGGAGAGGCCACGGUGCCAGAGGUUCAGGGAGAACAGCUGCGUUGCUCCCAGGCACUGCAGAGGGCCGGUGGGGAAGGGUCUCCAGGCUUUAUUCCUCCCAGGCUCUGCAGAGGCACCGGUGAGGAAGGGUCUCCAGGCUUCACUCAGGGUAGAGAAACAAGCAAAGCCCAGCAGCGCACAGGGCGCUUUGUUAUCCUGCAGAGGGUGCCUCUGCCUCUCUGUGUCAGGGGACAGCUUGUGCCACCAUGCCCGGCUAAUUUUUGUAUUUUUUUUUAGUAGAGCCGGGCUGUCACCCCCGAGCUCCUCAGACACUCCUUCUCACACCUGUCCACACCCGAGGGUGGAUAUUCAACCAGCCCCACCACCUCCCCAACUCGGUUUCUGGAUAUCCUCCCUGGGCGACCUGCGAGCCCCAUUCCCAGCUCUUCUCCCUGCUGACAUCGUACCUUAGUUGUGGUUCUGGCCUUCUCCAUUCUACUCCAGGGGUUCUGGUCUCCGUAGCCUGGUGCACGCCAAAAUUUCUGUUUAUUUCACUCAGGGGCACUGUGGUUGCUGUGGUUGGAAUUCUUCUUUCAGAGGAGCGCCUGGGGCCCCUGCAAGUCAGCUACUCUCCGUCCCCACUUCCCCCCCACACACACCCCACCCUGUUGCUGACCAAGGUGAUUUUUGGCACAUUUGUUCUGACCUGGCUUGGUGGGACCCCACCCCUAUUCUGCUUCUGUGAGUCGCUGAUAGAGAAGGAGUUCCCAUCAGGCCCCUGGAACACACUCAGGCUUCCCUGACUCAGGACAAGGACCACGGGAGGCCCAGGUGCGGAAAGGAGGCUCCGUGAGAUGGGGCCCAGCCCAUCCCAACCCAAGGGUGCAGCUUGAUUCAGGAGUUCCCCACCUCCUGCCCAUUCUCUGCGUCCUUUUACCCCAUGGAGAGCCUCAGCCAUGGCAAGUCCAUCUGGAGUCCAGGGAGCAGGCAACUGGCCUGACCCAUGAGACCGUUUGGAGACCAAGCAGCAGACGCAGGCGUGGACCCCAGGAACCUACAGGGGUGUCAGCCGCUGAGCCCCCUCCCUGCUGUGUGGGUGGUGAGCAGGCUGGGUCUUUGUCUGUCUUCUUCUACACGGGAUGUGCCUGCACCAGCCCCAACACCUGGGCUGGUUUAGUGCAAAGAAGAGCUCUGGCUCUCCAGGGGUGCUGGGACAUCAUGUGGAAUUGGAUCCCAGGCUCUCUUGGGCGAGAAAGACCAUUCUGGAGGUGGGAGUGGGAGAGCUGCCUGUCUGCCCAGGGGCUCUGCAUCUCCACAGUGGGUGGCCUUGGAUGCCCGGCCCCUCCCUUUCUGUGCACUGGGGACGCUGAUGGAGGCUGAAGCUGCUGUUCGGAGGCCCUCUAUUGGUGCCUCUCUCCUGCCGUCAUCACUAUGGCAGGAAAACAGACAUGGUUCAGUAAUGAAUUAUCAUUCCCAAAACCCAUGUCCACCUGGAACAUCAGGAUGGGACCAUGUUUGAAAAUCGGGUCUUUCCAAAUGUAAUUAAGUAAGGCGAGGCCAUCCUGCAUUUACAAUGGGCCCAAUCCAGUGUCCCUAUGAGAGACGGAAGAGGAGACACAGACACAAAGGAGGAGGCCACAUAAAGACAGAGGCAGAGACUGCAGUGAUGCUGCCACAAGCCCAGGGAUGCCUGGAGUCCCCAGGAGCUGGGAGAGGCAGGAAGGAUCCUCCCCUAGAGUCUCUGGAGGGAACUGGAUACAAUUGCAGAGUGCACUAAACAGUUGCCCCAGAAAGACAUGUCUUGUUUUAAAGCCCAGAACCUGAAAUUAUUAUAGAUUUUAUUUGGUAAUAAGGAAUUUUGCAUAUGUAAUUACUUAAGGAUAUGAAGAUGAGAUUGUGCUGGAUUAUUAAGCACCCUAAAUGCCGUGACAGGUGUCCUUCUAAGAGACAGAAGAGGAGACAGAGAGACAGAGCAGGAGGACACGUGGAGACAGAGGCAGACUGGAGUGAGGGGGCCACAAACCCAGGGACACCUGGAGCCCCCAGGAGGUGGGAGAGGCAGGAAGGAUCCUCCCCUAGAGCCUCCCAGAAGGAACUGGAUACAAUUGUAGUGGAUUGAAUAGUGGCCCCCAGAAACAUUUGUCCAUAUCCUAAUGCUCAGAGUCUGUGAGUAAGACCUUAUUUGGAAAUAGGGUCUUUGCAGAUGUGAUUAAGUUUAGGACCUUGAGAUUGGAUCAUUCUGGAUUAAGGCGGGCCCUAAAUGCAAUGACAGGUGUCCUUCUAAGAGACAGAAGAGGAGACACAGACACAGAGGAGAAGGCCACAUGGAAAUGGAGGCAGAGACUGGAGUGAUGCGGCCACAAACCCAGGGACACCUGGAGCCCUCAGGAGCUGGGAGAGGCAGGAAGGAUCCUCCCCUAGAGCCUCCAGGAGGAACUGGAGGAUGCGUAAGAGACCCAGAACUUCCACAGAAGGAGGAAAAUUAACCUCCUGCUUCUCUAGACUGUUCCAAAGCUGAACCCUAGAAAGCAAAGCUGAUACAGAAGCAUCCAGGCCGCAGGAGUACAGGCCGCAAGUGCUGAGCGUGGGCCUUGGGUGUGUCUCAUGGGGGAAAAAAAAACUGUGAAAAACCUCAGAGUAGCAUCUUCACAGUAACCCACGGACGAUCCCUAAACUGCCUUGUAAACAAAAAUGAGAGCUUGAGUCAGAGGAAGCCGAGACAAUAUCCUUCCUCGACAACGUGCAAGAACCCUGACGUCCCCCAGCAAAGGAAGACGUUGCAAGCAGGCAAAAUGCGUCAAUUUUUUUUUUUUUUUUUUUUUUUGGUCAGUAUGAUGAUUUUUGCAGCCACUUGGCUAUGGAGAGCAGCCGACACCCCCUCUUACAGCCGUGGAUGUUUCCUGGAAGCUGACUCAGUCUGUUCACUGGCUGAGCUUUGAGUGAAAAGAUAACACAGGUCUAUUGACUCACACACAUGUUUUAAGAUGGAAGACUUUACUUCUGUUCUUGGCAGGACAUGGAGAGAGGGAGGGAUUCCAAAAAGUCUCAGCCUCCGUCAAGGCGUGGCAGCUUAUGCUGGUAAUCCCAGCACUUUGGGAGGCUCAGGCGGGAGGACUGAUUGAGUCCGGGUGUUCAAGGGCCAACCUAGGCAACACAGUGAGAACUCAUCUCUGUAAAAAAUAAAAAUAAAACAUUAAAAAAAA